UCCAGCAGUUUGCAAACACAGUGUGGGAUUUCCAGAUGCUCUGAGAUCCAAAUUGAGAUUGAAAUAUAUUUUAUUUCAAACUCACUCUGGAAUUUUACUUUAUUUUUCAAUUAAUCGUUAUUUAGGCUAUUUGAAUAACAGACGAUAUGAUUGACGAAGUAAAACGUGAGCGAGGCGAUCAAUGGAUGUCAUAUUACUCCAGCGAGGUGUAUUAUGGAGCAGACAGUCUGCCGUUGGGCCCCAGAGGAUAUUCCCCCCCAGAGCAUCACUACCAGAAUUACGGCCCAUCGUGUGAUUCAGUGGCUGCGAGAAACACCGCGAGGCUUGAAAGCCCAGUGGGGAGACUGCCUCCUGAAAACCCCAAAGGAUACGCUGAAAGCCACUCCAACGAACCUGAGUUUCCAGCACUGAAAUCAGUUUACAGACGGACCUUAAGCCAUGCCAAACCGCCGUAUUCCUACAUUUCUCUAAUCAGCAUGGCAAUCCAGCAGUCGCCAGCCAAGAGACUGACCCUGAACGAGAUCUACGACUGGAUCCGACAACUCUUCCCGUAUUACAGACAGAAUCAACAACGAUGGCAAAACUCCAUCCGCCAUUCCCUGUCGUUCAACGACUGCUUCGUGCGUGUACCGAGAUCGCCAGACUCGCCAGGGAAAGGCUCGUACUGGGCCCUGCACCCCGACUCCGGUAACAUGUUCGAAAACGGCUGCUACAUGCGCCGCCAAAAGCGCUUCAAGUGUCAGAAGGCGACGUCACCGUCAGCAAUGAAAAAUUCGGAUGGGGAAGCAGUGAAAGUUGAAGGGAAGAAAAAAAAGGUGGAGGUCAAAACAGUCAUCUCUUCUUGCAAAUCACCUGUACCUCCUUCCAGUGACGCCACAACACAGCAUUCAACCAUGUUGCCAGUGUCCUUUCCCACCACCAAAGCACCUUCUCCUUCCCAUCUUACUCACUCACACACUUUGUUUCCUACCCAGCCUCCAGAGAUCCCAACACACUUGACCCCCCUGAGCGCGCCAUUCCCAACAAUGCCCUGCUCCAACCUGCAGUCUGUCCCGUCAGCCUCUAUGGAAACCAGCUUGCACUGUGAACCAACAUCCCAACAGCCAAUUUCUGUCCCGCGACUCAUGGACUUCCAGUACUGCGAAACCCCUGUGAGCUACCCGGUUUACUGCCAGUCAAAUUCCCAUCCCAACUUCACCUCGUAUGCUGGAGACUCUGUUUACUAUCCUGGAUUUAGCAUGUGUUCUGCUCCUCUUUUGAGUUCUUCCUGAUCAUCCUUCUGUAGCGUAUUAAUGGCUAUUAAAUUUAAACGAAUCCGUUUAACUUUAGAUACUUAUAAUUGCUGUAUAUAUUAGUUAUUGGACGCUCCAUAGCUGGAGAAGUAUCUUUUAUCUGAUGCUAAAGGAUUUCUGUGAUUCUCUGUGAACGUUUCGGAUAAAUUCAAUUGAAUUGAAGGUUUUUGAAGAUGCAUGUCAACAUGAAUUCCAUGCUGUAAAUCUCAAGUAAAAUGUUGAGCAUUCAAAAAGGUGUUAAUUCUAUUAUUUGCGUGUCUGGUGUAAGUUGCAAGAUUAAAAUCGCACUUUCAGGCUUUCACAUUAUUUUACUGUUGCAUUUUUUGAAUUCCUCAAGAGAGUGUUUUGGGGGAAGAAUCAACUCAACGGAGGCAUUGUCCUGCUCACAUUGUAAAAGAUAAACAUCAUUUCCUGCCCUGACAUUCCUCACACUAACUAAGACAGACACUCGGAAAACUGGUAGCCUUUGAGUAGCUAUACCUUUAGAAAGCAAUAAUGACUCUGAACAAUAGUUUGAAAUAAAAAUGCACAUUUAUGCCAGUGCCACUAACAGGCAGAAAAACCUGCGCACUACACAAACUGAUUUACUGAUGAUAUCAGUUCUAGUACUAAUGGUUAGUGUCCAGACAUGGCUUGCGAUUUCGACUGUGAUGGCUGAAUGCUAGCAGUAGAAAGGUUGCGACCCCCUCCAUCCCCUCCUAGCCUAACCUUUGAUUCCUGGGUAAGCAGGAUUGUGUUUGAGUGUAUGAGAACAAAAGGAAGACACUGGUCUUAAUGGUGGACCUCCCCAAAGCAGUGUCUUCUCAACAAUGGGACACAGGGACACCCACAGCGAUCUGAGCAGAAGCCACAGUCCCCUCAGUGUGUGUCCGAGAUGCAGAGAGAGGGCAAGACGCGAGGAGUUCAUGAGAUUUCAGGACUGUGAUCUGUUCUUGUGAUGGUAAUUGUCUUCUUUAGAAGUCAGCCAGUCUUCAGAUUCUGCUGUAUGCUCAUAUGAUGGAUGACUGUGCUGUUGCUUUCUAAAUAUCUGGCUAUGUGUGUAUUCGGUUCUAAGGGUGUGAACUGUGCUUUCUAGAGUGUGAAGAUGCUGUCUGUAUGUUAUCAGUGGGCCAGCUGUGGACCGGAGGAUGGGGGUCUGCUGCCAAAUUAAAUGUCAUUUAUUUGAAAUUACUGUAUGAGUGAAAAACUACUUUGUUUUGAUAUUAUACUUUUAUUCAGCAAGUGUGCAUUAAAUUGGCAUUUAUAAUGUUACAAAAAAUAUAUAUAUUUCAAAUAAGUGCUGUUCUUUUGAACUUUCUUUUCAACAAAGAACCCUGAAAACAUUGUAUCCCUGUUUCUACAAAAAUAUUAAGCAACUGUUUUCAACACUGGUAAUGAUGAGAAAUGCUACUUUGAGCAGCAAAUCAGGAAAUUAAUGAUGCUGAAAAUUCAGCUUUGCCAUCACAGGAAUAAAUGACAGUUCUUACGUAAAUUGUAAUAAUAUUUCAAAAUAUUAUUAGUUUACUGUAUUUUUGAUAGAUAAAAUAAAAGCAGCAUUUGUGAACAUAAGAGUC